UUUUCAUUCGCCAUAUUGUCUAGUUUGAGAAAAGUAGCAAGGUGUUGUUAAACUUUAUAUCUUGGGAAUAAAACUCCAAAUUUAGUGCAAUACUUUUUCUAAUUGAUACAAAUAAGAUAUGUAGGAAGUCAUUCCUCUUGUCCUCUUUUCAAGUAGUGUUUUAGAUCGUUUUUCGUAGGCCUAAUUUAGUUUCGGUUCGGUGGUGAAGAAAAACAUGUCCAACAUACAACUGGAUAAAGAUGCCUUUUUUAGGCGAAUGAAAAGAUUAUAUGCUGGAUGGAACAGUGAUGCUGACAAUGGAGGUGACGGCCUGGGCAAGGCUGAUGCCUUGGUGUCUGGAGUGGGGGUGGACGAGGAUGUUGUUUAUAGCAAAUCCAUUGCAUUGCAGACUUGGUUGCUCGGUUAUGAGUUAACUGACACCAUCAUGGUGUUAACCAAAGACGCAAUUCAUUUUCUGGCCAGCAAGAAGAAAAUUGAAUUUUUACGCCAGGUGGAAGCAAGUAAAGAUGAAAACAGUGUUCCGCCAGUGAAGCUCCAUACGAGAGAUAAGGGCGGUGAUGACAAACCAGCAUUCCAGAAGUUGGUGGAUGCUAUAAAAGGCAGCAAAGCUGGCAAGACAGUCGGCGUGUUUGUGAAAGAUGCAUAUCCCGGUCCAUUCAUGACUGCUUGGAAGGCUGUCCUAGAAAAAGAAAAGUUUACACAAGUGGACAUGAGUGUCAGUGUGGCGGCCAUCAUGAGUCCCAAGGAAGACUCCGAGUUAACCAUCAUGAAGAAGGCUUGCCAAGUGUCGGUCGAUAUAUUCAACAAGUACCUCAAGGAUCAGGUCAUGGACAUCAUUGAUGCUGAAAAGAAAGUGAAGCACGCUAAGCUGGCGGAAGGGGUGGAGUCAGCCUUGUCGGACAAGAAGUACGUGAGCAACGUAGACACGAGUCAGCUGGACAUGUGCUACCCGGCCAUCAUACAGAGCGGCGGCAACUACAACCUCAAGUUCAGCGUCGUCAGUGACAAAAACAACCUCCACUUUGGAGCGAUUGUGUGUUCCCUGGGCGCCAGGUACAAGUCCUACUGUUCCAACAUCGUGAGGACACUUCUGGUGGACCCUACUGAUGCGAUUCAGGCUAACUACAAUUUCCUAGUGGAUCUAGAAGAGGAACUCAUAAAGAAUCUACAGGCCGGCAAGAAACUGUGCCAAGUGUACGAGGCUGGAGUCAGUUACACGAAGAAAACAAAACCCGAGCUUGUCGAUCAUCUGGUCAAGAACUUUGGGUUUGUGAUGGGCAUCGAGUUCAGAGAGAGUUCCCUUACCAUUGGCCCAAAGACAACAGCUGUGGCUCGCAAAGGCCAAGUGUUCAACCUAAACGUCGGCCUUUCCAACCUCACCAAUAGGGAGGCCAGUGAUAAGGAGGGCAAGAUCUACGCACUGUUCAUCGGAGACACAGUACUCGUCAACGAGGGUCAGCUGGCUACGAUCCUCACACAGAGUAAGAAGAAACUGAAGAAUGUCGCGAUGUUUGUCAAACAAGACAAUGAAGAAGAUGAGGAAGAGGAAAAAGAAAAUGAGCCAAAGCCAGAAGAGCCCUUGACAGGCAGAGGCCGACGGACAGCUGUGCUCGAGUCGAAACUCAGGACGGAUUCGUCAGCCGAGGAGAAGCGCAAGCAGCAUCAGAAGGAGUUGGCUGCUCAGCUGAACGAGCAAGCGAGACAGAGACUGGCGGCGCAGGGAGGGGGAGGUAAGGAGACCAAGGUACGCAAGUCUAACGUCAGCUACAAGGGAAGAGGACAGAUGCCUAACGAACCAGAGGUCAAGGAACUCAAGAUAUAUGUCGAUAAAAAGUAUGAGACGGUGAUUCUGCCAGUGUUUGGUAUUCCUGUGCCGUUCCACAUCUCCACCAUCAAGAACAUCUCGCAGAGUGUGGAGGGAGACUACACUUACCUCAGGAUCAACUUUUUCCACCCCGGAGCAACAAUGGCGAGGAACGACGGAUCAGCGUUCCCUUCACCAGACGCCACUUUUGUUAAGGAAGUGACGUAUCGCAGCUCGAACACCAAGGAGCCCGGUGAGAUUGCUGCUGCCUCGUCAAACCUAAACACAGCCUUCAGACUGAUCAAGGAGGUACAGAAGAAGUUCAAGUCUCGUGAAGCCGAGGAGAAAGAGAAAGAAGACUUGGUACAGCAAGAUACUCUGGUCAUCUCUAGCAACAAGAGCAACCCCAAGUUGAAGGAUCUGUACAUCCGACCCAACAUUGUCGCCAAGCGAAUGACAGGGUCACUAGAAGCGCACAGCAAUGGUUUCCGCUACACUUCUGUGAGAGGUGAUAAAGUGGACAUAUUGUAUAACAAUAUAAAAAACGCAUUCUUCCAACCUUGCGAUUCCGAGAUGAUCAUUCUACUUCAUUUCCAUCUGAAGCACGCGAUUAUGUUUGGCAAGAAAAAGCAUGUGGACGUCCAGUUCUACACGGAGGUGGGAGAGAUCACCACGGACUUGGGUAAACAUCAGCACAUGCACGACAGAGACGACCUGGCCGCAGAGCAGAGCGAGCGAGAACUAAGGCAGAAACUGAAACAAGCCUUCAAGAGUUUCACGGAAAAGGUGGAGACUAUGACCAAGCAGGAGAUAGAGUUUGACACUCCGUUCAGAGACUUGGGUUUCCCCGGGGCUCCGUUCCGCUCCACUGUACUGCUACAACCUACCAGCGGCUGUCUUGUCAACCUCACUGAGUGGCCUCCAUUUGUCAUUACACUCGAAGACAUAGAGUUGGUCCACUUUGAACGUGUCCAGUUUCAUUUGAAGAACUUUGACAUGAUAUUUGUGUUCAAAGACUACCACAGAAAAGUUGCCAUGGUCAACGCUAUUCCCAUGAACAUGCUCGAUCACGUCAAGGAGUGGCUCAAUUCUUGUGACAUCCGCUACUCUGAAGGUAUACAGUCGCUCAACUGGACAAAGAUCAUGAAGACCAUCACUGAUGACCCUGAAGGCUUCUUUGAGAGCGGAGGAUGGACUUUCCUCGACCCGGAGAGUGACGCGGAGCAAGUGGAAGAAGAGGAGUCGGAAGAGGAUGAGGUUUAUGAGCCGACUGAUAUCGAGUCUGAAUACGAAUCAGACGAUGACUCUGAGUAUUCCGAGGCUUCAGAAGACAGCGGAGACACCGAGGAGUUGGGGAGUUCAGAUGAGUCGGGCAAGGACUGGUCAGACCUGGAGAGAGAGGCAGCCGAGGAGGACAGAGAGAAAGUGGACAACUUUGAGGACGAGUACACUAGCAACAAGGGCAAGAAACGUCACCACGGCAGCGGCGGACACCAUCGCAGUCCUGAUAAGAAACACAGGUCGGACAAAGACAGACAUUCAUCUUCAUCUUCUAAACACAAAAGUAGUUCUUCAAGUCACAAAGACUCGCAUAAAGACAAGAGCAAAUCAUCUCAUCACAGCAGCUCGUCUAGCAAAGACAGGCACAAGUCUUCAUCUUCAUCGGCCAAGAGUUCUCCGAGCAAACACAAAAGCUCGAGUUCAAGCUCACAUAGCAAGCACAAGAGCUCGAGUCCGCACAAGAGCUCCAGCUCAAGCUCGCGCAACAAGAGCAGCAGCUCAGGUGACAAGAAGAGGUCCAGAGAAGACAGCAGCCCUCACAAGUCCCACAAGAAGUCAAAGCAUUAAUAAACAGACUCAUCAACUUGAGAAGUUAAAUGAAAUGUUCCGAAAGUCUGUGAAGUGCAUUGAACUAUUUAUUUAAUGUUUUAUCAGUGCUGGUUUGUGUACAGUAUGAAGUAUAACUCGCUUGAAACAAAGACUUCUAGGUUAACAACGACAAAGAAAUAGAAACAUUAACUGGUGAACGUUAACAAUGUUGAAUACUGUGAUUGAUUGGUUUAGUAAAGAGCUUUUGUUUGUUACUUCAGUCUUGAUCGUUAAACAUGCUGAAAUUGUGUAACUGUGUAUGAAGAACUUGAAGCUCCAGUUUUAGAGAGCGUUAGUAUCACAUUGUUAUUAUUAUAGAAUAAGAAAAAAAACUUAUUAUAAUAGUCUUUAUGUUAACACUAAACUUGUGAAUAGCCAACCAAAAUUAAAUGAAGCCAACAAUUUCAUGAAUUUGGUUGUUAAAUAAAUCAAAAUUGAAAUUUAACGAGUGUAUUCUGACUUGGUUUUAAUCGUUUUAAUUUGAUACGGAUAUUAAUAUGCAAACAUGAAUGGGUUAAGAAUAUUCAGGUAAACCUUUUUAAUAGAACAUGUUUACGGUUUUACUUUGUUAUUUUGUCUCAACACUCAAACUUUACCUAAAUGGAUACCAAAUUUUUAAAUCACUAAAUUAGUUUGGUUCACAAUGGUAAAACAAACAGUUUACAUUCGGUAAUGUAUACUUGUUUAUUAGGUUACGUUUGAAAUGUUUGACACCGCUAGAUUCCAGGAAAGCGUAGCCAGUCUCCAAGGACCAAAAAAUAUUUUAUUAACGUUUGUAACUACAACAAUUUUGGAGUAAGACUGGUUUGGUUGUAAACAUGUGAAGGAACUGCCAAAAUAAACUAAGCCUCCUUCCUUUCUUCACCUGAUCUGCAGUAUGAAUAGUUAAGGAAACAUUUUGUACUUUGAUUGUGUUAAAAUUAUCUUAAAUACACGUUUAAGAAGUGUAUUUUCUUUCCUCAUCCCAAUGUACAGUUUUCAUGUUCCAUGUUUUCACUGAAUGUAGCACCACAAACAUUAUCCGGUUAUUAUUUGUACAAUAAUAAAAAAAUUUUUAUAAGAA